GUUCGGGUGCUGGUUCGGCGCAGCAGCGACGUGUCGGACCUGCCACUGGCGGUGGAGCGCGCGUACGGCGACGUGACAGAUGGCGCGUCCGUAUUGGCUGCGGCGGAGGACUGCGAGGCGGCGUUCCACCUGGCGGCGCUCGUGCAGGCGUGGUGGCCCGACGAGCGCGCGUUCGAGCGGGUGAACGUGGGCGGGCUGGAGAACAUGCUACAGGCGCUGCGAGAGACGGCGUCGCUGCGGCGCCUCGUGUACGUGUCGUCCUUCUUCGCACUCGGGCCCACCGAUGGUGCCAUCGGCGACUCCUCUCAGGAGCACCCCGGCGGGGGCUUCUGCACGGAGUACGAGCGCACCAAGUGGGUGGCGGACAAGGUGGCGAGGCGGGCGGUGGAGAGCGAGGGGCUGGACGUGGUGCUCGUGUACCCGUGCGUCAUCUACGGGCCCGGCCGCAUCAGCGCCUCUAACCUCGUCGUCAAGAUGAUCGCGGACCACUUCCAGGGCCGACUACCGGGGCUGUUGGGCAGCGGCACGCGCCUCAACAACUUUGUCCACGUCAACGACGUGGUUCUCGGGCUGCUCGCCGCCCACCACCGCGGCACGCCCGGGCGGCGCUACAUCCUGGGCGGCGAGAACGCGUCCAUGGUGCAGCUGUUCCAGGCCGUGCAACGCGCCACAGGGAAGCCCCCCCCGCGGCUGCGCCUGCCGCUGUGGCUGGUGGCGGUGCUGGGGUGGGUGUCGGUGCUGGUGGCGAAAUGGGCGGGCCCAUACCCAUCUUCACUCACCAGGUGCGUGCUCCUUACACUGCUGUUCCAAGCUGCUGCUGAUCCCCAUGGCCCUGCCACCACACCCUCCCCUCCCCCUUCCUCCCCAUCCUGUCAGCACGCCCGUUCCCGUUCAAUCGUGCCUGGGCCCACACCUGCCAGCAUUCUAGUGUUUCGCUUCAUGCUUGCCCCAUGCCUGCUUCUCCCCAUCCAUCUCAUCUCGCUAUCUUCCUGUCUCUCCUCCCCCCUCUGUUACUCUCCCCCUUUCUUUCUUCCUCCCACUCAAUUUGCCCCUGACCUCUCCACUCCCUUCUCUUGCCCUCACCAUCCCUCCCCCCAGCUGCCAGUCAGUGCGCACAUUCAACCACGACUGGGCCAACAGGAGCGAGCAGUCGAGCCCUCCAUGCCUGUGAACCCGCUCGUCCCCCUUUCUUCCCCCCUCCCUCCCCCCAACUGUCAGUCAGUGCGCGCAUUCAACCACGAGUGGGCGUACAGCAGCGAGCAGGCACAGCAGGACCUCGAGUACUCGCCGCUCUCGCUGGAGGAGGGGCUCCGAGACACGCUCACGUGGAUGCGCGCCGUGGGGGCCAUCAAGUAG